AUGGGUCCGAGCAGAGACGCCUGUGACCGGUGUCACACCAUGAAGACCCGGUGUCAACGAACUCCACAAACCCGAGAAUGUGUACGAUGCAACCGACUCGGAAUCUCGUGUACUUACUCGCCUCCGGGCCGGACCGGCCGCCCAUUGGGUGCUCGCAAGGGGAGUUCGGAGAAGGGCAAGAAAGAAGCGGCCGCAAAGAGCAGAAAAGGACAAGUUCCACACAUGGUAAAGACGCACAUGUCUGCAUCACUAGGAAUGCCGACGCCUGGACUCGGCCACAGUCUGCCGAUGAUGGCCGACGGGAACUCAGGUGUAGACCCGAGUCUCCUCGGUGACUUCGAUCUGUUUUCCGCUUCUGCUUACCAAGCCGAGCUCGACUACCUUUCCUUCCCCUUCAUGGAUUCUUUCCUCGCUGAAAGCUCCGGUGACCUCACAUUUGCACUUGCGAGCGCCAUGGAUUCGCAUCCUCCUCAUUCUUCUGGUUCUUCCAGCCCUUCUGGCUCAUCUAUGCACUCCCCGGUGACACCACAGCAACAGUCGUCCCACCACUCUUCCAGCCAUGAUCACCACCGCGCUUGGAGCAUAAACAGUACCAGCACCGAAUUCUCAGACCUGGACUCGCCAUUCCCUCUCUUUACGGAAAACAUCUUUUCCCCAUCCUUCAUUCCCAAGCAGCCCCAAAACCAAAGACACUCUUUCCCCUCGGAAGAGCACAGUUGUGACGGCGAGGGCAAUGGAGACAUCCACAUCCGUCUUCUUGACCUGCAAACUCGCAUAUCCAACCUCGUCAAGAACCUCCACGAAGGCCGCGGCUCGUCAAACGACUGCAAAGACAUUCUUGGCGCGGGCAAGUCGCUCAUCAACCUCCUGGACGGCGUUUCUAUUCCCUCUAGGAUGUUCGCCACCCCAUCUUCAUCGCCAUUCUCUUCCGAGCCAACUAGUCCCAUGUCCUCCGGCAGCUCUACCCAUUUCUCAUCAUCGUCGUCGUCAUCGUCACCCUCGUUGCCUUCCAGAGCCGCAGUCCCCAACAACAUGAUCAUUCUUUCCCUCUCCAGCUGCUACGCAACUCUGCUCCACGCUUACGAGGUGCUGGUGGAUUCUAUGCAUCAUCAGCAUCAACAUCAUCAACAUCAAAGUCAUAACAAUAGGAAAUACAACCAAAACACACACACAAACACGCCACUGCUCAGUCCCGCAUCGUCCAUCUCCUCUUUCUCAUCGAAAGAACAGCAGGGUUACUUCUUCAGCAGCAACCUUGACAAUAGCAACAAUGCCCACCACCUCAAAGCCAUGGCUCAGAUGGUUCAAAAACUCAAACAUGCCUUGCAACGUUGUAUGGUGAGAAUGGGUCGAGGUCAGGGUCGGGGUCGGGGUCAGGGAAGCAGCACUAAGAAGAAGGAAAUGAAUAACAUGGACGGAUGCACCGCAAGUGAUGACAUGUUGAUGGGACUGUCGAGGCCGGAAUUGCUGGAGAUGGGGUGGGGAGAGGAGGAUGAGUUGUUUAUGCAGCAGCAGCAGCCGUUUAUGAGCUGGUGA